AAUAAUGUCUCCGACGAUCUUAUGCUACUCUGGUGUGACAGUAGCGGCGUUUCCGUCACCGGCUUCUUAUCUCCGAUUGAUAGACACACAAUGUAGUACGAUGAGAGAACUCAAGCAAAUUCACGGUAAUCUCAUCAAAACCGGUUUAAUUUCAGAUACUGUUGCCGCGAGCCGUGUCCUCGCCUUCUGCUGUGCGUCUCCGUCAGACAUGAAUUACGCUUAUUUGGUAUUCACAAGGAUCAAUCACAAGAACCCAUUUGUGUGGAACACUAUAAUCCGUGGUUUCUCGCAGAGCUCGUUUCCGGAGAUGGCGAUUUCGAUAUUCAUCGAUAUGUUGUGUUCUUCUCCGUCUGUGAAGCCACAGAAUUUGACUUAUCCUUCGGUAUUUAAAGCUUAUGGUCGACUUGGGCAAGCUAUUGAUGGGAGGCAGUUGCACGGGAGGGUUCUUAAAGAGGGACUUGAAGACGACUCAUUCAUACGGAAUACGAUGUUGCAAAUGUACGUGACUUCUGGGUGUUUGGUUGAAGCUUGGAGAAUCUUUGUGGGGAUGACUGAUUUUGAUGUUGUUGCUUGGAAUUCGAUGAUCAUGGGUCUUGCUAAAUGUGGAUUGAUCAGUCAGGCGCAGCAACUGUUUGAUGAAAUGCCGCACAGGAACGAAGUUUCUUGGAAUUCAAUGAUCAGUGGGUUUGUGAGGAAUGGUAGAUUUAAGGAUGCGUUGGAGAUGUUUCGAGAGAUGCAGGAGAGAAAUGUGAAACCUGAUGGAUUUACAAUGGUGAGUCUGUUGAAUGCUUGUGCAUACCUUGGAGCAAACGAGCAAGGGAGAUGGAUACAUGAAUACAUAGCUAGGAAUAGAUUUGAAUUGAAUAGUAUAGUUAUAACAGCACUCAUAGAGAUGUACUGCAAGUGCGGGUGUAUUGAGGAAGGUCUAAAGGUGUUUGAGUGUGCUCCUAAGAAGCAAUUAUCAUGUUGGAAUUCGAUGAUUCUUGGUCUAGCUAAUAAUGGAUGCGAGGAAAGGGCCAUGGAUUUGUUCCUGGAGUUAGAGCGUUUUGGCUUGGAGCCAGAUUCAGUCAGCUUCAUCGGUGUUUUAACAGCUUGUGCCUACUCUGGGGAAGUACAUAAAGCUGGGGGUUUUUUCAGAUUGAUGAGAGAAAAAUAUAUGGUUGAGCCAUCUAUAAAACACUACACUUGCAUGGUUAAUGUGCUGGGUGGAGCGGGGCUCCUUGAUGAAGCAGAAUCAUUGAUAAAGAAGAUGCCAGUGGAAGAAGAUGCUAUUAUAUGGAGUUCUUUGCUUGCAGCUUGCAGGAAAUACAGUAAUGUUGAGAUGGCUAAACGGGCAGCAAAAUGUUUGAAGAAGCUGGAUCCAGAUGAAACUUGUGGUUAUGUGCUCAUGUCUAACGCUUAUGCUCAUUAUGGCUUAUUCGAAGAGGCAGUUGAGCAGAGGAUUUUGAUGAAGGAAAGAAAAAUGGAGAAAGAAGUUGGCUGCAGUUCGAUUGAAGUGGAUUUUGAAGUUCAUGAGUUUGUAUCUUGUGGGAAAAGACAUCCUAAAUCUACAGAGAUUUACAGCUUACUCGGUAUUUUAAACUGGGAUGUCACUGCAAUAAAAUCAGGUGCUACUGCUCGGUUCGCUGAAUUGUUUGAUACUACAACUGGGAUCGGUUUCUUUUAUCUAACAGAGAAUAAGCAAUUUCAUAAAUAUGGCCUUCUGUGGAUGUAGCUGGAGAUAUCAUUUAGGUUUCGUCCAGGUCAAGCUAUCUGAGCAGCAAUAUAAGCCAUGUGUGUGAAUACAAGACCCCACAAGAAGCUUCCUAGGUUUGGGGUUGC